CUGCAGAAGCUCCCUGGACAAGGCUACCGCCCCGCAAUCAGAGCCUUCCUGGUUCUGCCUUCGGGGAGGGAGGAUAGGGGUGGACCGCGGGAGGCCAGUUGCCAGCGCGUCCUGAAGUCCCUCCCGCCGCCUCGCGUCGCUUUAAGGCGGAGGCCCGGGAGGGGGCCGACCCCGCCCGCCCGCUCGCCUCGCGGCUCUAGACUUCGGCAUUUCCUCCCCGCUAGCUGGCGCGGCCUCGCCUCCCCUCGGAAGAGGAAACUCCCGUGGCAGAGUAACGGGAACAAGAGCGGAGGGGAGCAGCGGGGGACUCCGGGGACCCACGGCGCCGGGAGGGCGGCCCGAGGUAGGAGGCGAGCGCAGCGGGACCAGAAGCUGGCCGAAGGCAGCGCGCCGGGGAGCGGGGCGGGGAGGGCCGGCGGGCCGGACGCAGCGCGCAGUCGGCACGGGGCGCGGCUGGGAGCUGGAGCGUGCAGGGCGGGCCGCUGCUGGAAGGAGCGCUUGAGCUGGGAGAGGAGGCCGAGCUGGAGGGCUGCUUUCCCCGGCCCUGCGACGGGGUCGCCGCCGCGGAGGCGAAGGGAACCGGGACAGCGGGGCUGCCCGGGCGCUGCGCGCAUGCUGGGCCUGGGACGCCGCCGGGGCUCGCGCCCUGGGCUGUUCGGCCGCCGCUGCCCCGGGCGCCCGGCAUGUCGGUGCACUACACCCUGAAUCUGCGCGUCUUCUGGCCCCUGGUGACUGGCCUGUGCACCGCCCUCGUGUGCCUCUACCAUGUCCUGCGGGGAAGCGGGGACGCCCGGACCGAGCCCCCCGAAGGCGCGGACGGCGGCUUCCCGCUGCUCAAGGUGGCCGUCCUGCUGCUCCUCGGCUACAUCCUCCUGCGCUGUCGCCACGCUGUCCGGCAGCGCUUCCUGCCGGGGUCUUCCCGCCUGGGGGGCCACUCCGCCUUCUCUCCUAGACACUUAGGAGAGCCCAGCCUCGACAUCUUGCUGGAGAGUUAUUACGAGCACGAGGUGCGCCUGUCGCCGCACGUGCUGGGCCACAGCAAAGCACACGUGAGCCGGAUCGUGGGCGAGCUGGUGCGGGCUGGCCGCGCCCGAGGGUCCCCAGGCCCCAUCCCCGGGGGAGCGCUGGCCUUGGCCUUUCGCGGAGAUUUCAUCCAGGUAGGCAGUGCCUACGAGCAGCAUAAAAUCCGCCGGCCCGACGGCUUCGACGUGCUGGUGCCGCUGCGCCUCCCUCCCCUGGUGGCGCUGGAGCCGCGGAGCCUGGGCGCGGAGCCCGCGCUGGCCCCAGCCUUCCACGGCUGCUUCGUGUGCGCACUGAAGGCGCCGCCAGGGGCUUCCGGGGGCCACUGGCUCCGGGACUGCAAAGCCUUCGCCGACGGCUUCUGCGUGGAUGUGCGCGGGCGGCGCCAUCUCUCGGCUACGCUGGUACUGCGCUGGUUUCAGUCGCACCUGCAGCGCUCCCUGGCCACCGUGCGCUACAGCCUGGAGGGGCGUUGUCGGGUCAGCCUGACCCCAGGCGGCCUGGAGCAGCCCCCUACCCUACACGUCCUCCCCUGCCGCACCGAUUACGGCUGCUGCCGCCUUUCCAUGGCCGUGCGUCUCAUCCCUGCCGUCCACUUGGGCGACAGCGUCUUCCUGGUGGCCCCACCACUGCCACCCUCACCCGUCGGGCCCCUGUCGGAGCUCCCGGGAGGCCUGCGCGCCGAUGCACUGUGGGGUGUGAACACGGCGCGCCAGGAGCAGAAGCUGCUGAGCUGGCUGCAGGAAAGGGCCCCUCCAGGUGCCUGCUACCUCAAGUGCCUGCAGUUGCUUAAAGCUCUGCGAGACCUGGGUGCCCGCGGGCUGGACCCGACGGCCGCCACCCAGUGGGGACGCAUCCUAUCCUCAUACGUGCUCAAGACAGUGCUGCUGGCGGCGCUGCUACGCCAGGGGGCUCCCACACAAGGCUGGGACGAGGCGCACCUGGGCGAGCGCUUGGAAGAGCUAGUACAGUUCCUCAGGGAUUGCCUGCUGCGACGCCGUACACUCUUCCACUGCCUCCUGGGCCCUGGAGGGGCGGCCGCCGAGGUGGGCCCACUGCCCAAGGUACUGCGUGAAGCCACCCCGGUUGACCUCCUGGCCACUUUCGACAGGCAGGCCCGGGAACUCGCAGCGGCACGGUUGCUGUCCACGUGGCGAAGGCUGCCCCAGCUUCUCCGGGCCUAUGGGGGUCCCCGCUACCUUGCCAGGUGUCCCCCACCCCGGAAUCAGCGCCCCCAGGGGUUCCCUGAAGAUGAACCUUAAACCCUGCCAGAGCCCCAGCCUGGCCUGGUGCUCCUGAAGCCCCACCCACCAGGUGGGGGUGGGGAUGGCAGUGAAGCCAGUUUAAGGCAAGGAAGAUGACCUGCAGAAGGUGUUGGAACAUUCAGAGGAUGACAUUUGGUGGCUUCGGCGUCACCCCCUGGCUCCACAAUCCAGAUAGCUGUGGCAUCUUUUUCACGCCCACCAGAGUGUCCUGGGCAAGCUACGGAAAGACGUUCAACGUUAGCAGCUAAGAGUUGGUCCAAAUGUUGGUUUGUGUGGAAUGAUUCUGUAGAAGGAUCCAGCUUUUAGGGAGGAUCAGUAAAGGAAGGGAUUGUGGGUUGUUUAGACAGAUCUCUCUGGCCCCCAAAUUUAAAGAAGCUAAUGGUUUUUGACACAACUACUUGGUAGGUCCUGGGUUCCUGAUUGUCUUUUUAAAAAUCUGAAUCUUGAUCUACAACUGGAAUUGUAGUUCUAUUCUAGAGGCUUAUGUUCUGAAGAACAUAGUUUCCACUGUUCAAAUUGGUAUUAAUGUAUUUUUUAAAGGCCCAUCACAGGUGUUUGAGAGGAUUAUGAAGAAUUAAGUCACAGGUGUUGAAAGGCAGUCGGGAGUUGGUUAGUGAAACUUCCAGAGCAAAUAGCACUUUAUUUUGAUAAGUUCUUUCAUUUUGUGGUAAUCGCUAGUGCCAAGUGUGGCAUCUGAAAGGGAGGCCAGUUACAUCGACUAUUAAGAAAGGUGCAGUCUUGAGGAGCAGGCUUGCUCAACGUCCCUCUAGGCACGCGCUGGGAUGUGCACCAGUCAGCGCUGAUUCAUUGAGCGUCUGCUGUGAGCCAGUCACAGUGCAGAGUGGCAACAGGAUACGUGCUUCUGACAACACCGGUGAGGGCAUGAAACAUGUUGGGUCUCGAAAAAGAUGUAUUGAUAUUUCACUCUUUGCCUAGCAAGAUGUCUCAGCAGGGCUUGCUGCUGGCUGGAGACAGAAACCUUUUUUUGUUUUGUUUUAAGUCUUUUUGGCAAACCCCUUUGCAUGGAGAUUUCUUUCUGAGUUUGAUGAGAUAAUGAAGAGGCAAUGCCUGCUUUCAGCCAAUGCUCAGUGAUCCUCCGUAGUUGGGAAGUUUUGCUCUCAUUGCCCAAGCGGCCUUUAACUGGCCCGAAGCCCACCUUUGAGGAGUGGUUGAUUCAGCACAGGUCUUGCAAUGCAUUUCACUUAGAGUUCAGUAUCUUGGGCUCUGUGCUUGAAGAUCAGUUAUUUCCCAAUCAGCUGACAGAGGAGAAAGACAGCAGAGGAGGGCAAGUUAGGGGGAGAUGGAGGGAGACAUCCUUUGUCAGCUGUCUGUUCUUUCUUCUCUCUGGGCAUAAAUAUCACCAGGCUGGGUGUAUUUUGCAGCUAGCGCAUUCUGAAAUCCCUCACCGUCCUCCCAAAUUUCUAACAGCUCUCAGUUGCAUCAGUCGACAUAAAACUCAGUUGAAGUUUAGAAUGGUCCAUCAUCUGCUGAAUAGAAAAUGCAGCCAAUCCCAGUGAUAUACUUUGGGAUUUUUAUAGCUUUGGGAUUUUUUUUUUUUUUUUUAACAGAGACUCUUAAAGGUAAAACUUGGAAGACAGAAGUAGCCACAUGAAUUGGGCCAUUGUUUAAUUUCUGAGCUAUUUUGAGGGAACUCUUUAAACUUUCUUUCUUUAGGGGACCUGCUUGGCCACUGUGGGGAAAUCGUUGUGAAUAAAUGAUUUAUAGGGAAUCCUUCUCAUCAGAGCUACAGAGAUUUCUUAUGUCCUUUGCAACCUUGGGCUGUAAGAGAAACAGUUGCAAAUGUUGUGCUGUGUCUUUGAGGUUGUUUGGGGACAUUUCCCCUUGAUUCCACAAAGUCAUUCCUAGCUUUUGAGGUCAGUGUUAGGUCAUAAGGUACUGCAUUUAGCACAGGAAUCAGUCUACCAACUUCCUGCGAAGAUAUAAACUGCACAGUGUUUUUUAUAAUUAUUUUUAAAAUAAAUUCCAAGAGUAGGUAGAUCUUUAUAUAAAUAUAUAUAUUUAUAAUGUUUCCAUACUCAGCUACAAUUUCCCCAGUAGUUGGAGUGGGGGAAGGCGAGGCUAUUAGAGGGAUUAUAAAGCUUUAAAAACUGAAUUUUCCAAAUAUUUCUAGCUGAGUUGAUAGGUUCCUCUUUUAUCUGAAUAGCAUUUUGAACUUUGAAUCUGGUAACAUACAGUUCUUGUAGUUUCUUUGUGGGUUUUUUUUUUUUCAGGUUAAUUACCCAAAGCCUCAUCCAUCCUCAAGAUUUUUAAAUUUUAUUUUUUUUAAUGAAUGGGGCAUUGUGUUUGUGAAUUUUUAAAAUAUUAAUGUUUUAUUUAAAUGCCAUGCUGAGCAAUUGUUCUCUGUACAUGGUAACCAAAAACUUAGAGAUUUCGAUCAAUUUUGAUCAAUGUUUAGUAAUCCAAAACAUGUACUGUGUACAAAGAAAAUAAUACGGCGCAUUAGUCAGGUGUGAUGGUUGCCCAAGGCACUUAAAUUAAGCUCGAUUCUGUAUUUUAUUAGGGCUCCAUCAUGUCCUUGAUCUGAAAUAUAUACAUUUUUGGUGUAUACUUGGUACUGGAGGUUCAUGUAUUGCAAAUAUUCUCAUACAAGAAAGCUCAGAAUUGUUCGUGCGUUUAAGAAAAGAUUAACUGUCCAGCCAGUGUCUGAAGAAAGUGUUUGGGGAGAUGACUCAGCCAUUUUGCCUUAAGACACCCUUCAGUAACUCCCACUGACCAGUCUUGGGAGUCAUCCCGGAAUGCUCGUGGGCUGAGAGGAGGAGACUGUGUUUUUGCAAAAUGAAACUGAAGCUAAAAGGGAAAAUGUGGGCAAACCAAGAGAAAUCCGAAGAUUUCAGGAAGGAGGACUUAAGAUGGACGUGAAACGAAGAGCUGGGCAGGAGGGGAGGUGGGGCGGAAAUCACGUGAGGGUGCGAGAGAGGUCUGGGUUAGGAAACACAUUUUCUAGAUAUGUGCUACUUCAAGCCAGGGGUCGCAAACUCAGCAGCCUGCAGAAGCAAGUUAGGGAGGUAAAUAAGAGAAGGGUUGGGUGGUGAUGGGGGGCUGUGCCGCCUUCAGGGGCCACGUGGCUCAGCUCCAUGCGGGGAAAAGGGUAGGGUGGGGCUGGAAAUAGAAAAAAAAAAAAAGAAACUUUCUGAUUUUUAAACAACAUAAUUAAAAAAUAUCCAAAACACAAGUGGGCCAAAAAACACAUUUGCUUGAGCCUGGGGGCCACCAGUUUGCGACCCCUGCCUUAGACGGUAACCCCUCAAGUAUGUAUAAGGUUAUAUUUAUUGUUAUGGAUAUGAUGUUGUUAUACAUGGUGGGGGGGCAUGAUAUUUCAAGUCUGCUUUAUCGCUCAGAGCUAAGCUUUAUUGUAGAAACAAACCCCCCAAAUUAACACGGCCACAGAUAACACUUAACUCACAAUUCCCGGAAGGAUUCUCCACCCUGGACCCGUAGGAGUCAGAUGGGACAUCAGACCACUAGGGGCCAGCUCUUGGCAUUUCCUUCCUGGUGAGUUGGGGCCAAACUCCUUGGCUCUGUCAGAGUCUGCAGGUGAGUGAUCAGGAAGGAUUGCAGAAUAACUUGUUUUCUUCUUUAUUUGUAUUUUAUUUUUAAAUUAAUUAUUAUUUUUUUUAGUAGUUUCCUAGCCUUUGCAAUGAUGGUUGGUGGCCGUGAACACCGGCAAAGUGGUGCUGGGUCUCCCAGCCAAGCUUCUUAGGCUUGUUACCAGCCCCAGUGCCAAGAGAACUGUUCUGAUCAUAUGUUUCUAUCCCUUUCUGACUCCGUGGCUCCCACCAAAACUGACAUCCUAGCCUUCUGAAGGAAUGAAACUAAUAGCCUUCCAAAGUGUCUCCUUUAACCUCAUGGAGUAAGUCACCUUUUCCGUAAAAUGUGGCAUUUGACCGUGACGAUGACUUAUCGUAUCCACGUGGAGGAAGGUUAUUACCUCCCUCCCCAGUGGUGGGAAAAAUGAACCUGGUGAACAUUCCCAGUAUCCCUUGGGAAGGAAAAAAGUUCAGUGUUAUCAUUGUGGCGUUUGUUAGUUUUUAUAAAAAAUUGCAUGUCUAUUUCUUAGACACUACUGUUUAUUUUUUCGGUACCUACAUAGCACAUGAUUUGGUGGGGAUGAAGCAAGUAUAAGGUGGGAGAGGACGAAGAUGUAUGUGAACAUCAGUAGAGAGAGAACAGACUAAAACAUGCAGCUAAAUUAUAUGUAAUCUGGUUUUUGAAGUAUCAGAUAUUCAGGAAUAUUUUUAGCACCCUUUGCUUAAAAAAAAAAGCGUUGAUUCAGUCACUUGACUUUAAAACAUUCCUCUUAUUUUACUGUUAUUUUUAGUGUGGAUUUUGACCCCAAACUGUGUAUUAUGAUGCAGUCUGUUGGCUGUGGUCAUAGUGUAUGUUUUGUUCCAAUAACAGAGACCAAAGAGGUAAUCAAGUAUGGUUCAGCUGCUACAGUUGUGUGAUUAAAAGGCGUUCUAAUCACACCAGAUUUCCACGGCCCAAUAGUCGAGGCCGGCCAUUUGUUUUCUAUUUCAGGUUGGAGUAAAUUUGCACUUUUAAUCAUAUGGGUCAUUUGGGGACCUUGUUCUUUCAUACUUUGCUUUAUUAAUAAAGGAACUUGUAGAAACCUGUG